ACUUUAACCCUGAACUCAUCAUCAGGAGAUAUCAGCUAUGGCGUUUGAUAACCAGCUUCCUCUUCUUCGGUUCUCUGGGAGUCAGCUUUGUCUUCAACAUCAUCUUUCUAGGUACCGAUACUGCCGCAUGCUUGAGGAGGACUGUUUCCGGGGAAGGACGGCAGAUUUUGUUUUUAUGUUCCUGUUCGGAGGAAUCACCAUAACUCUGUUCGGCCUGCUCGCAGACAUCCUCUUCCUCGGCCAGGCCUUCAUCGUCAUGCUGGUGUACGUGUGGAGCAGGAGACACCCGCUCAUGCGCAUGAACUUCUUGGGUCUGCUGAACUUCCAGGCGCCGUUCCUCCCCUGGGUGCUGACGGGAUUCUCGCUGCUGCUCGGCAACUCCGUCGUGGCCGACCUCCUGGGCAUCGGCGUCGGACACAUGUACUACUUCCUGGAGGACGAGUUUCCACACCGGGUGGGAGGAAGGAGACUGCUGAUGACACCGGAGCUGCUACGAGUUAUAUUUGACGGGCCGGGGGAGCCGGACUGCCGCCCCUGUCAGGAGGACGACCCGGCUGCAGAUCUGCAGCAGGACAAGGAGCAACACCAGUGAUGGAGAGGACCAAACCCAGGAGAAGUCACAAGCACGGCAAGACCAUCAGACGAUGGACGUUUGUGACGUAAAAACAUUUCCCCUCCUACUCCAAUUCCAACGACAGCAGCUCGCCUUCUCUGCUGCAAACAGAAACACGUGACGAAACCUGAACAGGAGCACCACUGAUCCGGGAUCUGCUCCAGGAACCAGGUUUAACAUGUAAUAAAGUGCCGAUAUGAAGCUGGUUAUCAUCUCCGUACGUCAUGUGAGAGAUGCAGCGUUGGCCCCGAACCUGCACAUUUCUAACAAGUAACAUCCGUCAUGGCAGGAAACAACACUAGAAAAGAAGGAUGUCGAUGUGAGCGUGAAAAAUAAGGAGUUUCAUCAGCAUCACUGCCUCAGCUAACCACCAGCACGCGAGUAAAUAAGUCAGUUUACGUCUGCAUGUCUUAGUCGGUUAAUGUGCUGCAGUUGAUGCCAACUGAAAUUAAAUUUAAUACGAUAAAGAAAGUUUGAUUUUGUCAGGUCGUUUAAAAUGCUCUUUACAUAAUAAACAAACAUAAAAACGAAUCAAAGCAGGUAGCGGACUGACUCUAAAUAUGGAAAUUUUCUCUCUUCCAGUCUCUAAAAGGUUUUUUAAAAGAUGCAUUUUUUCAUUUCAAAUUAUUAUUAUUUUUGUAAAUAAAAUGAUAGAAGUAUCUUAAAAGGGACCUGUUAUGGCAUCUAAUACCUAUUUUAAACAGGCCUUGAAUGUCUUAAAAACAAGCUUUUGAUUCUUUUUGCUAAAUAAAUUUGAAAUUCAGCCUCUAAACCAUCUGUCUUUAUCUUCCCAUUCUCUAACCUCAUUAUCUAUGCAGGAUUCUGAGUGGGUGGGGAGGCUAUGAUAAUGAGGCUCUGUGCUGAUUGGCUGCCUGAAUGAUGCGAUACACCGCUAAGAAAAAAUGGCGGCUGCUCCGGCCGGCGGAGUUAGUUGUGGCCGUGGUUUCACGCAUCGGAGGCCAACCGAUGUAAAUCGUUUCUGUCGUUACGUAACGACGGGAGCAGAAUCUGAACGGCUCGUAGAAGCCACAUCACACUGGACGGCUCAUCCGGGCGGCUGUACAGACACUGCAGAAUUUGGUUGCUUUCCUCCUUCUCUGAGUUGGCAGGCUGAGGGGAGACCACUUUAUAUAUGUUAAAGCAAGAAAAAACAUGUUUUUCAUAAUAGGUCCCCUUUAAGGUAUUUGUUCUGCUAUUUGAUGCAGUUUGAUGCCGUCUAGCAGCCUGGCCAGCGGUACUCUGGUACCUCUACCAAUCACUGACACGUCCACCGAUACAGAACGUACCGAAGCAAUCGUGACGGGUUGGGCUUUAUGUCAUGACUCAUAAGGGAACUUGAGAGCCACUAUUCAAAACAACUCUUAUGAAUAACAAGUUUUUAAGCAAACUGGACUCAGUCUUCGUAUCAGAGAGGAGUACACGGUAACACUUGUACACACUAUAAGAAAUUAUUACUUUAUAUAUAAUAUUUAGUAGAGAACGACUCUAUGUUGGAUCUAAAUCUUCAAAACUCAAGUUUCAGGGUCGGUCCGUCUCAGACCUCAUGAAUAUUUCUUAUGAAAUUGCUUCUUGUGAGUCGGACAGAAAGGUUUGAUUUGAAAAAGAAACUCCUCCCACUGAUGAAUCCAAAUCUUUUAAACAUAAUUCCUGAGGCAGCUGAUUGAUUAGGAAGAAGUGUGUAUAUACGCUGCAUAAAUCAUGCACCCUGCUAAGGAGUGAAACUGAACCUGCUUUUCCUGCCUCUGUGUCCGGUGUCUGGUCGCCGCAGCCUCACAGAGCUGUGAACGGCCUGAAAAGCCACCAGCUGCAUCUGCACACGCUGCACUUUCACCAACUGCCUUUGUGUGCCCAGCACUGGGAUCAAAUGGAAACUGCUUAGCACAACAACCCGCAAACAGGUCUCUGAGGGACCCCCGGCAACAAAACACGCAUGAAAGGACGGGUGGGUGUGUGUGGUGGUGGGGGUCACAAAGUUGUGGCCUUGAAUUCUCUCAUCAGGUGUAGAGUAUAUCUGCUGUGUGACAGAAAACCCCACUUGUCCUUUAAAUCGAGCGUUGAUCCACACAAACUAAGAGCUUGGCAGACAUUUAACCUGAACUCUGUCGAAAGUGGUGACACAAAGCCAAGUUUUUUACUGCUGCCAUGUAAAGAGAAACCGUCACUCCAAGUAAAAUUUAUUUGGCCGUUCCUAAACAUCUGAAAAAACCAAGUAGGUUUCAGAUUUCAUGCUGGUGUCUAUCAACAGCUGGACGAAUCUCUCAUUUGGAAGCUUCAAGCAAAAAAGACAAAGAAAGAAAACAGUGAAAACUGAGCUAUACUUUUAUAUAUAAUAUUUUUUUUAUAACUUUUAUCUUUCUUCACUUUUUUCAAUGUCAGUUGAAAAUUGUGCAAAUUGCGCGUAUCUGGCUGGUAGAAGUUAACAUCCAUCCUGCUGCAAACAUGAACAUCUCUUUUCUGUCGUUGAAACAUUUAAUCAUGAACAUUAACUUCAUGCUUUCAAAGGAUCUCAGAAGUGUGAAAAAUGAUGCGUUUUCAAUUUAUCAUCAAGCGAGAAACAACUGUUCAAUCUAAAGUUGCAUUCUUCACCGCUGCAGCAAAGAAAACCAUUUCUGCAUCUCACCAGCUUCAUAAGGCACCGUCAGGCAGUACAACUUCCAGCCGUCCGGACGGACAGACGUUCAGCAGCUGAUCGCUUCAAACAUGAACGUUAAGGCCUUAAACGUAACAUGAGCUGUGUCAGAAGUGCUUCAUUAAUCUCUUUCAAAUGAUGCAAAAUAAAAGCAAAAACAGCAAAUCAAGUUCUUUCAUAUUUUUUUUUAUUUUGUAAGAAUUAUUAAAAUGUACAAAAAGACAACAAAUACAACACAAUAUAUUAUCUGA